ACCAAAAACGAAGCGGCGCAUGUAUGACGUUACUUCCGCUGAAAAGUUGAAUGGCGCAGAGGGAAUAGCAACAAGCACACACAGCUCUUAUCGGUUACCAGAGGCUAACGGUGUUGACGUGAGCUGAAUCCAAACCAGUACAAGGCAAAGGUAGUCAAAAAAGGAAUGUCAAAACGGAAAGUCACAUUUGAGGACGGGGAUGGGGAGCUUAGCUUGGACGACGACGUGCCGAAAAAGAAGAUGUAUGAUGAGGUGAGUGGGCCAGGAUCCAGGUUUAAGGAGAAACACUCACUAGAUAGUGAUGAGGAAGAUGAGGGAGAGGAUGGAGAGAAGAACAGCAAGUACAACAUACUUGCCAGCGAUGACGUAGAAGGUCAGGAAAUGGCAACCAUUGAUUAUGAUGAAGGCGUGGCCAUCACACCCUUCAAUUUGCAUGAAGAGAUGCAAGAAGGCCAUUUUGACUCAGAGGGCAACUACUUCAUCAAGAAGGAAGAAAACAUCAGGGACAACUGGCUAGAUAAUAUUGACUGGGUGAAGAUAAAAGAGCAGCAAGUGAAAAAGAAGAAAAAGGGUCUUGGAGCCAAGAGGCGGCGCAGACCUGGCGACGAGGACGAGGCUGAGGAAGAGAGGCAGCGUGAGGAGAGGCAGGGCGACGACGACGACGAUGAUGAAGAGGAGGAAGAGGAGCCGCAGGAAGACCCGCUGGCCAAGUACAACCAUCAUCAACUAAUCGAAGCAGUCGUCGGCCUGCUGUUGCCUGGAGAGACCGUCUCCACGGCUCUCCGCAGGCUUGGGGGCCUCGGGGGUCAGAAGAAAAAAGGACGGCUGAGGGAGCAAGGGGAAGCGGGGCAAGAGGCGGAGAAAGGGGAGGAGCCAAACAGAGACACUGAGAAGCUGGAGAGGCUGACGGCCUUGGCAGACAGACUGGUGGGUGCCGGGGAGUACGAAAUCUACCAGCAGACCUACGAAAAACUGGCCUACAAACUAAAGGGGAUGCAGCAGAGACAGGUAGCGAAGCCUCGGGCCAAGAAGGAGGAAGACGAGGAUGAGCUGGAUAUGUUUGCUGACCAGUUUGAUGAGCAACAUGGCAGGGGGAAGGGAGACGAGGAGGAGGAGGAGGACGAGAGCAGAGUGAGUGAUGAGGUCAUGUGGGAGUAUAAAUGGGAGAACAAGGAGAACUCUGAGCUCUAUGGACCCUUCAGUAGCCAGCAGAUGCAGGAGUGGGUUGAGCAGGGCUACUUCAAGGAUGGCGUAUACUGCAGGAGGAUUGACCAGGAAGGUGCACAGUUCUACAACUCCAAGAGACUGGACUUCGAACUAUAUACGUGAUGUGAUCAUGUUUUGAGACUCUUUUUCCACACCUGUUAUCUCUAAGAGAGUUUUACCGAAUUGGCAUUUGUUGAAUUGGCAUGUUUCUCAUAAAUUCACCCAUGUAGGAAACCACGAUUAAGUGCUUGUUCUCAAACCAUUUGAUAUAUGAUCCUGUGCUUUGUUUUAAAAUAAAGGCUUUGGUGACUAUC